CCCCCACAUUAGGGUUUCACAGCCGUUCACUCUCAUUUCACUAUCCUCUACCUUCUGCAAACCAAAAUCAUGGCUGAGAGAGGCGGAGAACGCGGCGGAUUCGGCAGAGGCUUCGGCGGCAGAGGCGGUCGUGGUGGCGACCGCGGCCGUGGCCGCCGUCGCGCCGGCAGACGCGACGCUGAAGAAGAAAAAUGGGUCCCCGUCACCAAGCUCGGCCGUCUCGUAAAAGACGGCAAAAUCACCAAACUCGAAGAAAUCUAUCUUCAUUCACUCCCCGUGAAAGAACACCAGAUCGUUGACCAAAUCCUUCCAUCGUUGAAAGAUGAGGUGAUGAAAAUCAUGCCGGUUCAGAAACAAACCCGGGCCGGGCAGAGAACUCGGUUCAAGGCGUUUGUUGUUGUGGGGGAUGGGAACGGGCAUGUGGGUCUUGGGGUGAAGUGUGCGAAGGAAGUGGCGACGGCGAUUAGGGGGGCGAUUAUUCUGGCGAAGUUGUCGGUGAUUCCGGUGAGAAGGGGGUACUGGGGGAAUAAGAUUGGAAAGGUGCAUACGGUGCCGACAAAGGUGACUGGGAAGUGUGGUUCGGUUACGGUUAGGCUGGUACCCGCUCCUCGUGGUGCUGGGAUUGUGGCGGCGAGAGUGCCGAAGAAGGUGUUGCAGUUUGCUGGGAUUGAUGAUGUGUUUACGUCGUCUAGGGGGUCUACUAAGACUCUUGGAAACUUUGUCAAGGCUACUUUUGACUGCUUGUUGAAGACCUAUGGGUUCCUUACUCCUGACUUCUGGAGGGAGACAAGGUUCAGCAGAUCUCCAUUCCAAGAGUACACUGAUUUGCUUGCCAAGCCCACCACAAAGGCAAUCACUUAUGUUGAAGAUGUUGCUGAUAUUCCCGCUUAAGGCAUUCUGAAAGAGAGUAUGUUAUGUUUUUUGGAUGUUUUGUUAUAGGUAUUCAGUUGUUUCAAACUGUUUAAUGGUUUUGAGUGAUACUCUUUUAUGUCUAGUGACAUGGUAAGACCUUCAUCUUUUAAUGUUAUGGUUGUUUUCAAUACUGCUUUUUAUGUU